AAUUGUUGGUUGCUCGGACGUGAAUCGUCGCAUAGUUGUUAGCAGAAGCUCCAUUACUUGCUUUCGCCAACUAUCGAUCACCCGUGGUGACUAAUUAGCUCUCUUUUUUACGAGGAAGAAGAUUUAUCAAUAAAACAAAAUGCGUGAGUGCAUCUCAAUCCACGUUGGACAAGCCGGAGUACAGAUCGGUAAUGCCUGCUGGGAGUUGUACUGUCUUGAACAUGGCAUCCAGCCGGACGGCCAAAUGCCGUCUGACAAAACAAUUGGAGGUGGAGAUGACAGUUUCAACACCUUCUUCAGUGAGACUGGCGCUGGAAAACAUGUACCCAGAGCUGUCUUCAUUGAUUUGGAGCCUACUGUAGUUGAUGAGGUUCGUACCGGAACUUAUCGUCAGCUCUUCCAUCCGGAACAAUUGAUCACUGGCAAAGAGGAUGCAGCUAACAACUAUGCUCGUGGGCAUUACACCAUCGGCAAGGAGAUCGUCGAUCUUGUGUUGGAUAGGAUUCGCAAGCUUGCGGAUCAAUGCACGGGUCUGCAAGGUUUCCUCAUCUUCCACUCAUUCGGCGGUGGCACCGGAUCUGGUUUCACGUCUUUGCUGAUGGAACGUCUGUCUGUCGACUAUGGCAAAAAGUCGAAGCUUGAAUUUGCGAUCUAUCCGGCUCCCCAGGUCUCCACCGCUGUUGUCGAGCCGUACAACUCCAUUUUGACAACGCACACCACCCUCGAACAUUCCGAUUGCGCAUUUAUGGUCGACAACGAGGCGAUCUACGACAUCUGCCGCCGUAACCUUGACAUCGAGAGACCGACCUACACGAAUCUGAAUCGUCUGAUCGGUCAGAUCGUAUCGUCCAUCACGGCGUCCCUGCGAUUCGACGGCGCUCUAAACGUCGAUCUGACGGAAUUCCAGACCAACUUGGUGCCCUAUCCGCGAAUUCACUUCCCUCUGGUUACAUACGCGCCCGUCAUUUCGGCCGAGAAGGCGUAUCACGAACAACUAUCCGUUUCGGAGAUCACAAACGCCUGCUUCGAGCCGGCCAAUCAGAUGGUCAAGUGCGACCCACGUCACGGCAAGUACAUGGCCUGCUGCAUGCUGUACCGCGGCGACGUUGUGCCCAAGGAUGUAAACGCGGCUAUCGCCACCAUCAAGACUAAACGUACCAUCCAAUUUGUUGAUUGGUGUCCCACCGGUUUCAAGGUCGGCAUCAACUAUCAACCGCCAACCGUCGUACCCGGUGGCGAUCUCGCUAAAGUUCAGCGCGCUGUUUGCAUGUUGUCGAAUACCACCGCCAUCGCAGAGGCUUGGGCGCGACUUGAUCACAAGUUCGAUCUCAUGUAUGCCAAGCGUGCGUUCGUUCACUGGUACGUCGGCGAGGGUAUGGAAGAAGGAGAGUUCUCCGAGGCGCGUGAGGAUCUCGCCGCCCUCGAAAAGGAUUACGAGGAAGUUGGAAUGGAUUCCGCAGAGGGCGAGGGCGAAGAAGGUGCCGAGGAAUAUUAAAAAAA